AUGGCAAGCAAUUGUGGGCGAAAUCGAGAGAACGUCUUUGGAUUACGCCGGCUUUUGACGGUUACCCUUAUUGCUUUUGUAUUUGCUCUGGCGUGCUUGGUGGACAAAACGGAAUCUUCCAGGGAGACCAAAGGCUUGAAAAGUUCGAGAUUAAGUAAGGAAAAGGUAAGUGGGAUGUUUCGGAUUUCCUUUAAGCAAACUUGAGUGAUAGCACCGCUACACUUCAACGAUGUCUUCAGUGACUUAACUUGUGCUUGUGUCACCUCGUAGAAGGCGUGCGAGACCAAGCUUUACCAAAUGUUCAGUGAUUAUGUGUUCUUCUGUAUAGCUUGUAUAAUAAUUUUAGUAAGGUAACCACUUUUCACAAUAGCUUUUUUUAUCUGCGAUCAAAGUAAAAGCAAAACUUAUUUACUCAAGGAAAGAUUGGUUUAUUUAUUUAUUUAUUAUUGGCAGUCGCAGAGAUCAUUAGCUGUCACAUGAGUCAUAGCAAUUACAGAACAUCGCUGGGGCGCAGGCUGCCCCUGUAACUGACAUUUCAUUUCACGACAAGACUCGAAGUUGCCAGAUGUGUUAAAGAUAGCCACCCGGGCGCUAACCCUGAAUUGGUCAUGAUGAUUUCACAUAUGGGGAGAUGGAAAUGUCACGCGCAAAAAUAGGAGUUAGCUCAUUUGAAAUUUAUUGAUCUUGCGUCUGGCACUGCUACCCACGACUUAAACAGCUAUUUAUGAACAUUUCCCCCUACAAAAUAAACUUGUUUUUUUAAUGGGCGCCAUUGGCGAUAUUGCGGAUGUGGUAAGACAGAUUGAUCAAUAUUAAUAGAACUUAAUUCCGUUAUAUUAUUUUAACAUAAUAAGGUUUAAUAUCACUUUAUUGUCCUUAUUUUACUGAAAUUCCAAUGAAAAUUCAAAAUAUCUCACAUUUUUUGGAUCACCGAGUUGUUUUAAAGACGUGUCUGAAAUGCGAUAAAUAAUUAUAGUCCGGUUGCACCAAAAAAAGACCUGAAAGAGCAUAAAAAUAAUUGAUAAACAUAUCUACGAUUGUAAAAACACUGAGCUAAAACCUUGAGCAUAUAAAAUAAGGGAAGAGUGCAACUCGACUUUGUCCUUUAUAAACCAAGGGCACACCUUUUCUAGCUUGAAAAGACACUUAUUUUAUUGACGUGAAAAGAAAACGUAACGUUUUAACUAGAACAGCCAGUUUACGGGUCCAGGCUUUAAAGAGUUUCUAUUUUGCCAAAAAUCCCUCCUCUCUUGAUUUAAUUCAACAAAGCGUUAAUUGGUCUCUCAAAUAGGGAGGGGUAUGUGUGUAUCAAGAGAACACUGAGCCACGUGUCAACUACACAACGUCUGAAGAACGCCAGGGAGUGAUAUGACAGCACUAUUAACUCAUGCCCAUUGUAAAAGAAAUCUUUUUAUAAGUGUCUUUAAGUGUUGAGGAAGCACUUCUUUAGUCUCUUUUGUCUUACGUGGACCGUUUCUGCAAGGUGAAACUCAGAUUUAAAUAGAACUUUUGGAAGAAAAGUACCACAAAGAAAACUAUUAUGAUUAUUUUGGGGUGAUUUUAUUUCUCGAGAUAACAUUGUCGGAGCAUUAAAAAGUUAACUUAACUUGUUCACGUUGCAAUUCGUUUCUUCGACCGUAGAAAAACAUGAGCCUGUGUUUAUGUUUACUUUGUUGGAAAUGCAUGUUUGGAUUUCCACAAAUCAUUGAUAUGCCAUCUCUUCGUCCUCUAAGAGAUUCUCAACGUCUUUUCUUUUUAUUUUCAUAUCAUUUUAUUUAGGAGAAGUGCCAAGUUGAGAAAGAUGGUGAUGGGAUGUACUUUGUGCGAUGCUUAAGUCCGUCUGCAGAGCAUGGAAAAAACGGCAAAAACAGAAAAUUAGAAUCGGGAGAAAGUAAACGAAACAAAGUAAGUGAAAAACAACAAUAACAAUAACAGCAAUGACAGUACUUAAUUAUAUCACCUUGGCUGAAAAGCCUAUCCUUAUUCUUUGGUUUGAUUAGUAAAAUCCCAUGGAACUUGGUCAAAACUUGGGAAAUGGAAAAGUUCCAACCCUAGAAAGUUCUGCCUUGUUCUUUCACAGAUCAAUAUGUCUCGUUGAAAAGGCAAUUUAAAAUUCAAUCUAUCAAUCUUCUGUCAGGUUAUAUAGGCUUAGUUCUAGAUAGAGUGUUUCAUCUUUCAUAACAAUGAUAUUAAAAAGAACUUUGCUUUAUCAUACGACAUUGAGGCCAGCAGUUCAGGCUCGGAAUUGUCACGCAACAUUUUUAGAAACAUAUAAUUGUCAAUUAAUCUGGUAAACUAAGUAAACGUACAAAAUUUUGCGCACUGUUGAUAUUGGCGUUGUGCAGUCUAAGAACAUGUAAGAAGUAUAUUGUUUAAAUGCGAGAAUGAGUUAACUUUAAGUCUAAAAGAACAAAUACAAAUCAUGUCAGGUUGCUGCUACCCUUUUUCCGAUGAAAUUGUAAUACGUAGAACCAAGAGCAUUUUUCAAAAUUGCGGCGCUUUCAUGGAAAGGUGGUUUUAAAAGAUUUAACCAUGUUAACGGUUAGUUUCUGUUCGCGUGUACGUAUCGGGAUUUUAAGGGAUGCGCUUGUUUCAGUUUUCCUGAUAGUGAGAAUCUGAAACCGCUUUCAUACAAAAAAUCCGAGACACCUUAGUUUGACCCUUUUCAAAUCCGGCAAGGAUGCUAGAUGAAGUCUUUCAACAUUGUCCUCUCUGUUACAUGUACUCCAUCUGUUCCACUCCGGUAAACAAAUGUAACCAGGUUUCACGGUUUCGUCAGUAGACAAUGGCACUAAGUCGCCUAGGAAUUCAACCUGUUAGCAGCAUCUUUUAAAUUACAGAUUGAUUUAUACGUUCGCAGACUUCUUUUUUGGUUUUAAUUUCAAACCCUCGAGCAUUUCACAGCAUGCAGAAAGUCACACCGUUUCACUAAUUAAUUCUCGCCGAUUAGAGUCUUCGGCAGUAAUUUUGCUCGACAACAAAAACUACAAACGAUACCGACUUUCCACUUUUAAUGCCCUUUCCGCAUGGUUCAAAAAUGAGGCAGUAGUUUCCAUUUUUUUUAUUCAAGAUGCGAAAAAAAUAGUGUCAGGUCUUGGUGAUCUCCUAUAUACUUGUUUUCAACAAUAAACUUCUCUCUUCGGCGUCCAUGCAUGUAACCUUUAAUAUGUCUUUUUUUGACGGAAAAAAAUCUCAUUGUCGCUUUGAAGCAGUUGAAAAUCAUUUUAAACCGAUUUAGAUUCGUUUUAGGAAUUCUUGGCAAAUUUGUUCUAACCUAAGAGUGUUGUUUUCAUUCUGAUGCUAACGCGCGCUGUCAACGAAAAUUUUGCCAUGUUUUUCUUCCACUCAUGUCAGCAGCUUGAUGUUUUGUUCAACGAUUUUUGUAGGCUAAAUACAGGCUGGCAAGCGUAAGGUUUUCACAAACUAGUGCCUUAAGCUAGGAACAUGUGUUUUCUCUGGAAAUCCAAACUAUGGACGGAAUUUUUGAAGUUGCCUGCUGAUAAAAGAACCACAACUAUUUUGAUUUUUUCACUGUCAAUGUGCGCACUUUCACAAAUUUUUUUAUGAAAUAAUUGCAACAGUUAGUCAUGUUUUCGGCUAAAUCAGUAAGAAGUCUUCAUUUAAAUGUCACUAUGUCGAUUCUACUUAGCGCUAUGUUUUUUAUUUCUGAUGACCUAUCGGGUUUUUUCAAGUCGUCGUUUUUCUCAAUCCAUCCCCAUGAAAUCAAUGCGUAGCACAAAUAAAUAAAUUAAAUUAAUAAAUAAAUAACUUAACCACUUACUUUUUUCUCCUACCAUUCCUGAUCGAACUAACAGUUAAGACUUGUUGGUUUUUGAGGAGAUGGGAAAACUGGAGAAAAACCUUUUGUAGCAAGGACGACAAUCACUUAACACAAACUCAACUCACAAAGACACACUGAAAACUGACUCGGUCUAACAGGGCCUAAAGGUCUUCCAAAGGAGGAAGUGACCAGCUCGUUCCUAAUUACACAUUUUAUACGGCUUGGAAAGUGAGAUCUUCUUGAAGCCGUAGGUAGCUAGGAUGUGUGCCCUCAUUAAAGGAUGGGCGUCUGACUUUGCUGACGUGUAGUAGUUGUAAUUCUUUCAUUCCAAUACCACUUUGCGACGAGGUUGCCCGUCAAUCUAACUUUUUAACAUAGAACAAUACUUAUUUCUAACGACUUUACAAAAAGAAAUUUGAAUUUAUUUUUGUUUUCUGUCUCUCCUUUGGUCGCCAUUAGAAGUGUAAGGCCUAGGGCAAACCAGUCGAACUCCUCAUGAGAUGAACCAAACUCUAAUUUGUGAAUUGGGUCGACCUUACAGAAGUCGAACUUAGCACGCGUCCAGCCAAUUAUUAGUUUAGUUCGUUGCUUGUAAAGGUCGACGUUUGUCCGGGAGACGAUCUUCAGACGUCCUUCUCGUCUGAAGCAGAUGGAUAGAACGUGUUGGACGAUCCAAACUUAUUCAGACGAACUUAACUGAGCCAGACGUCGAAGUAUUCAUGACCUUAACUCUUUCGUCUCAUGAAAGUUCGACGUGUGGCCUAGGCCUAAGUGUUAAAAUAUGGUUUUUCCUGACAUGAUCGAUAUCAGUGCAGAUACCUUUGUAGGCACUUAACAAGAGAACUCAAUACGCUGUUUUUUUCGAUAUAGCAUCAUAGACGAAUUAGCCUCGUGGCCUCUUUAUCAGAUACUGUUAAAAGUGAAGCAGAGAGGAUUGUUGAACUUACUGAGUAUGCCAAUUAUGUUAGUAGUUAAAUGACAAUGCAAUUUUUGCUUCGUACGUCUCAUAUGUAGGGAAGCCGGUGGAUCUGAGCAUGGACAACUGAAAUCUAUAAUAUCUACUUAUUUACCGCCUAAAGUAAAGGUAGCCAUGAUUUCCACUUUCGCAUAAUUUUUAAGUGCGUACGUACAAACAUCGCCUCUAUUUUACGUAUUUACGCGGGUAACAGUUACUGAAAUUUACACGACUUUGGAAACCCAUCUUUACUAUCUUCUACGCCCCAAAGAUUCUCCCUCGUUUUGCGCAUGUCUGGCCCGCAGAAUGCUCCCUUGCGCAGGACGCAUGCGCAUAAGUUUUUUUAAGUAACAGACGCAUGCGCAGCUUAAAUUACAAGAGCUCUGGGGUUAAGAUUGGAUCAUGCAGUGCUUUCACAACGUACAGUCUGGUUUUCAGCAUUUCACAAAAUAAAAUUUGUCUUGUUUUGACUUUGGGUGGCCAAAGAUAGGAGUGAAGGGGUUGAUGGCCUUGAAGCCAACCAGGAAGAAAAUCCCAGAACUACUAAAAAUCGCUUCAAUAAAAGUACAGAUUAAUAAGAGAUGGCGCGCAAAAUACUGUAUAGAGAACGACUAACUCAUCCUAUUUUUUAUGACAUUAAUUAGACCCUGUUCAAACGUUGAUCUUUUCAUGUACCGAACUUAAUAGCUAUUUAGGUCGACGCAAAUGACAUAAGUUCGACGGUUCACUCAGACCGACGUCGAACUUAAUUAUGCAGACUCAAUGGUCGAUUGUCUAAAAUGCUUACAAGUGAAAAUAAAUUUUAGUACUUUAUGCGUUAGGUGCGGCACAUGAGAAGUUCGACGUAUGAAACGAAGUCGCUCCACGGUCAAAAUUCCCAUGUGGACCAUUCGAUCUUAAUUCAUGGGUCGACCCAAAUUAGAUGUGUCGAUUUUAAUUGAUUCAAACGUCGAUCUUCUCAGGGAUUAGGUUCGGUACAUGAAAAGAUCGACGUUUGAACUGGGCAUAAAUUCGUCUGCCUGAAAUAACGUCUUGGGGGCUGCCUCAUCAAUACAGGCAGACGAGGAUUCUGAGCUAGCUAGGUAGUGAUCAAAUAUGGAAAUGUUUGUUUACUUAGACCUUCCGGCACUCGGUUGAUCUUAAUAUGAUGAAUUGUUCGGUAAUGUUAACUUGAAGCGGUGAACGAAAUUAAAAAUCGAGAAAUUUUCGAUCCAACGAAACGAACAGCUCCGGUUUUAGAGUGGCAGUGAUCGUUCGAUGCCUAGCUAAUUCCUCUUCUACUAAGUGGAAAACAUCUUAAAUAAUGCAGGCACUUCAAAUCAGACAGAGUUUCGACCAAAUAAACAACAAAACGACUUAUAUUGAUUCUUAAGAAAAUAGAACACCCACUCUCAAAUAUAAGACCAUGGACUUUAAGUGGAAUGUAAUCUAUGUAGAGCUUGUUAUUGUCUAAAGUUUGUUUCAGCUAUUUUGUCGGUUUGCUUUUGUUCCUUUGACAUUGUUGUUUGUAACAAGUACAAGAUCUUCGCUGCUGCGGUUAUAGUUUUGCUCCUAUAAAGAAAUCAUUUGUUUAUUUUCUGUUGUUUUUAAUAUGCGGUUGGAAUUAUGGCUUCCGGUUAUUUAUGAUUUACAUAGAAAAUUACAACUGGUAAAAUCAUUUUGGGGCCGUCGAAAAAUGUCUUCCGUGGUAGAACAUGAUGAGCUGUACCGAAAAAAAUCACUGAAAGAGUAGUUUAAGCUGAACAUUUGCAUUAAAGAAAACAUGUUCAAUUACGGACUAAAUCUCAUUUCUGGUCAAUGCGAAAGCCGCUUAAAAAUAAUAUAACAUUAAAGAGAAUCAGUUCAAGUUUCAUAGAAAGGUCAAAGGUAUAUACAAAUUUCUGUUUUACAAACAUUAACCAAUUAAAAAAAGAGUAAUGUGUCCUAGAACACAAGGCAAAGAUUUUGUUAUUACUUUAGACCUUUGCUCGGCUUUUUUUAGUGAUGUCAAGUUUCUUUAUGGGAAGCCUCUGAUGUCAAACGGAGGAAACCGAUCGAUUUAAGAUGUUUCCAAAGUAAUCCGUUGGGAAAUACGUCGCUCCUUUGAAUUCCCAAGACACCACUCUUGUUCCCAAAUUAUGAAUACGUUGGUUAAGAACUUCACUAUUUCAGCUGGAAGUAUUUGAAUUUUCCUCAUUAUCAGACCACAUUUUUAGGAGUCAGUUGUAAUUCAUGACAUUUCCAAAAGAGCCGACCUGAUCAAGGGGUUUUUAUUUUUAAAACAUUUCGCUUGGCGUUCUACACUGACUGCACUGUUUCCCAUGUUACUGUGAUGGCUUUCAAGGCCUGGUUGAUCUACAUAUAGCUUAGUAAUACAGUUUGCCGUUCUAGAAUGUUUUAGCUGAAUAUAUCACCAGGGGAAAAAGGAAACUUAUCCCCUCAAUUAUAUGAUUCUUUGCCCUUUCCGGAAAUCACUUCUGACCCUAUGGCAUUCAAACCGUGCAUUCGUAUCGACUUCUAGGCGCUCUCAAAGAAUUAUGAAUUCUCGGACUGACACGCAAGCCAUUGCAAACAGUCUUUUGUCAAAAAGCAUUAAAAUGGAAAAAAAGAGGAAUUGGAAUUACCCCUUGGAGAGUUGAAUUGCUGUGUAUAAGCCAUUAGGUCAUCGGUCCGAAAAUUAUGAUCAUUUGAUGCACAUCUUUGGGUCCUUAUUUAAUCAGUGACAUGUUAAAACGAUGUUAUUUGGUUUCAAGAGAAAAAAUCGUAAAAUAAAGUUGAGUCCGCGGAAUUGCGAAUUUAUUCAGUACUUGCGGUUCGUUCAAGCACAUCACCAAAUAUAGAAAAAAAUCAGUGGUUAAUUUUAGACGUAUUGUAAUUCCUAAGUACACCUCUCAAUACUUAUCUUCCUUCUAGGUUAUCAAAUUGGUGUAAUGUAAUGAAACAAGGGCGUUUAUCUUGUUAAAUUUUUACACUUUUCUUUUUCGGAACGCACGCAAUCUUGAACUGACCUAUGCAUCUUAACUAAUGCCGUAGAAACUGGCACAGGUUACAAGCAAAUUAGUUUCACUGUAUUUAGUUAUGAGAACAGAAAGGUCAGGGUAACAUGGUAACUUCACAGUCCACGCACAGGAAUCUUCAAAAACUAUAUUCAUUGAUAGGUAGAUCAAUUAGAUUUUAGGUCGCUCAGAACCAACCCGGAACAAAAAAAAAAACCAUAACAUAACAUGAUCUAUUUAGCCUCGAGACAAGACGCAUGCAGUAAUUUUGACACCUCCAAACUAGACAACCCUUUCACAGGGAAGCUUUUUUACUACCAACUAUUAAAAUUUUGUCUAUUUUUUACGUCUAGUGACUGAAACGUUUAACGCUAUUAAGACUCUCGUAAAGUGACGCGUGGCACAUGCAAAGAGAGAUGUUGUAGAAUUGUGUGGUCCCAGUAUAAUGCGUUGCAUUUUUGAGAAAUAGGAAAUUGUCAUCGUUUUUUGAAUUGUGUGACAGUAAGGCUCUGUAGCUACUAGUGCAUGAAUAGAAGAAAAAAAUACCCCACAACCUCAAAAACUGCGAGGAAUUUAAUCAGAAUGAUCUCGAAGACUACACAUAGUAUACGUAAAUAGUCUUACCCUUUAUUUACGGAUUCUGUCAGCCCCCAAAUUGGCUUUGUUUCCCCUCGCGAUAAAUUAUAGACAGUGCAAGGCAUGAAACUAUCAGUAACACACUUGUUGAACCAUUUAAUAGCUUCAAGAUUUUUCCCCUCGAUUUUCACGCACUCUACUGCGGAUCUUAAGGCCCGAAGGGUGAAACAUAUGCAGGUGUACUGAAGUUGUGUGGGCUUUUCUCUCUUGUCGGUCAUCACUGCAUGUAGCGGUCAAUUAAAUGUCCAUCAGUCAAUUGUGGUUCGGAAGAGGAGAUUAUUUUUCAGCCAAAUUUCAUUAGCGGUACUUCAACGAAUGUACGUCUUCAGCGUCCAAGUCACGAUAGUUUUGAAAAGACUGAAUAAUAGAAAUAUGUUGUAUUUCCUUUCAACUUGUAUAUUAAUUCUGAUAACGAUCUUCUAUACUAAGAGGUAAAAGACAAACAUGUAUUGUAUUGUUAAAUGCUAUUUGAAUAAUAAGCUUGUCAUCCUAGAAGAAAGUAACUAUUAUUCAUUUGAAUCGUCAAACUAAAACAUGUUAAAAGCCCUAAAAUUUAUUCAAUUAACUAAUGCAGGGCUGUGUUAGCUUCUAGAUUUAGCAUUACCAUCUGUUUGUUAAUCGUCGGGAUGGGAAAGAAUGGUGGGCAAAUAUUCGCAUUUUUGAAGGGUGGUAGAGAACGGCCCACGGUUGAUGAGGCCAAAAAGCGAGAUGGUUAAACUACUUUGAUUUUCAUCUGCGUGUCUUUCUACUCAGCAUCCAUUCAUUUUAAAUUAAGAUUAAUAUGAGCGUAAGGGAUGGUUGACAGUACAGGCAGCCCAAGCUCACCAGGAGAAUGGCAUAUAAACUGCACUGUAGAAAGCCAAAUUAAGAGUUUGAAUACAAUAGUGUUUAGUGAUUCGACCUGCGUUUGCCGUACGUAUACAGUAACGUUUAUUAUCGUGACGAUGCUACACUUCCAUAAUGAUGAAGGUCGACAAAUUCUAUUACAAUAGACAAAAUCGCUUUGAAUUUCCAACGUAAUAUUCAGAGGUCAUAGACCUUCUUCAAACUUGUUUCCUGCAUGCCAAAUCCUAUUUUAAGCUCCUCAAGAGGCCUCUUAAAUAAAAUUGGCCUUUCCUGUCAUGUGCACUUAACUUGACCCACACACCUGAGUCUUUGCCAUAAAACACAGCAGGCUGCCACUUUGUCUACUUUUCAUCGCUUUUCAUCAUGUGGGAGGAAAAGAAGUCUCUUUUUCUCUCGUCCGCCGAAUACCAGGGAAAAGAAGCCCCUGCAAGCCAAGGUAAUUUGGGGGCACUUGACUGCUGCCGUCUAUAUAUCUUGUAAUGCAAAUUAAUGUGUAAAAUGAGAAUGGCAAAGAAAGUUACUGAUCUUGGUCCGACAGUUCCUGAAUCACUUAGCGGUUUGUGAUUGUGGUUUUUGGGGCUCUUAAACUCUUAAAUAUUUUAAGCAUAAUCGUUUGUGUCUUGUUGCUCAAUUUAUCCUUGGUUUUUAAAAAUCCUAUUACCUUUUUUGUAAUUAUGGUAGUGUCUGAUUGUGAGCUUGAAACAAAAGAAAACAAAAUUCAAACAAAGGGAAAAAUAGGUCAUUUGCACUAAGAGGUCAUGUGACAUCGUUUUUAUAUCAAUGAACGUUAUAUGAUUUUGCCUUCGAAAAACGAUUUGUGGGUCAUUUCUUACAUGUAAACAAAAUAAUAGUAAUUGGGUUUUUCAAACCCGCACCAUCUUCUCAAAAUAAGUAAGUUCGUAGCUGGUCCUGUGACCAAAAUAUGAUUUUUAAAAUUAUGAAUUACCUCUUUCUGAACACAAAUUUUGCACUUAAACUUCAAGGAAAAUGUUGAAAGAUGAUGUGGUAACGUUUACAGCACAUCUCAGCGUAACUGUCAAACGUUUAACAAGAUAUAAGCAAAAAGUAGUUUUGGCCGCCAUGUUGGAGGGAAAGAGUAUGCCCUCCAACAUGGCGGCCAAUACAAAUCAUACUACUUUGCUGAAAAAUCAAAGUGCCAUAAAAUAUCUCCCUUAAAUGCGUUUCCUCUCAAAUUUCGGGUGUAAGAUAAUUUUUAUUUGCUCUGUCAAUUUUUGGCAUCAGCAAGAUUCCAACUCCUUGUUUAAACGAAGCAUUGGUCACGUGACCUCUAAGUGAAAGUGGCCUAUUAAACCACAGCAUCUACUUUCAUGAUCCCGUUACAGUUUUAAAAUUAUGGUUUAUUUUUUUCUGUUAGUGCUCGAGUGAGUGUCGUGGACUAAGACGAGGUCAAAACCACAACACUACAACAUCUACUUUCAUAGCCCUUACGAGUUUUUAAUUAAUUGUUUAAUUUUUUCUGUUAGUGCACGAGUGAAUGUCGUGGAAGACGAGGUCAAAGAGGCCAGCGAGGAAAAUCUGGAUCCAGAGGUCCGCGGGGCCCAAAGGGAAUUCCGGUGAGUUUCGCCUGUAAAAGUGUACUCUUUCCUAUUCCAGAAGCUGCCGUAAAGAAUGAGAACGGUAGAAAUGUGCGACUCCUUCCUUCUACUCGUGCAUGCUCCACUUCUUUCCAGCCUCCGCGCAUUUUUAAGUCUUUCUAGGCCCCACGGAAGUAGAGAGGGGUGUGCAAAGGAGGUCAUGUCUGCAUGAAUUUCUGUGCGUUGCUCUCUUCCUUUAAAGAAGAAAAGGUAAAGAAAAAGGCUCACUACAAGCCAAACGGGGCUGACAGGGCUGAAGCUUGCCCCUAGUUUCUAUAAUGUGAAGCAAUAUCGGGAAAAGUAAAGUCGCUUUUCGAGCCUCAUCGCAAAGGCUACCGUAAGUCGGACGUAUUAUCCGUUCAGUCACCACGCCUUUACUGUGUUAAAGAAAGAACAGCGAAGUAAUUUUUUUCUUUCGCUAAUUUAGGGGAGGAACGGAUUGGAUGGAGUUCCUGGACUCAGGGGCCCGGUAAGUUGAGAUGAACAUAAUAUUGUUUUGAUGAAAUUUUAUCGUUGCAUAAAGACCUUUGCAUUUAUGCAUCGCCUAAGUAUAAGCCCUGAAUAGCCAGGAUCAGUGAAGUAGUGUAGUGUGUGAAUCAGUGUCGCAGAUUGUCUGAGGUGGCGAAGGUGCCACAACAUUCUUUCUUUGCAAUCAUGAAUACCAGAAACAUAAUGUUCUGUGAACCCUCAACGAUAAGUCGGCCUCAUCACCGUCCAGUCACCUUUUGGCCCUAUGGAAAAACUCGUUGGUGGGAGGGGGGAGGGGCGGGGACUUACCAAAAGUCAGAAUGGCCACCCGGACUGGUCAUCCUUAAAAUGAAACAGUCUUAUUUCGAGAGUUUUUGCUGGAACCCAGCAACACUUGCUACUCAUAGUAUUUGGAAAUAGACUGAUAUGGCUGAAAAGUUCUGAUUAAAGUUGACUUUUGGUCUAGCAGGGCAGGUAAGCACCCUAUGGGGACUUGGCUUGGAAUUGUCCUUUUCGUAGUUCGGCGACUUAAGUUUUUGAUUUCAUGAUACACUAUGGAAACUAACAUCUGCUGAAUAUUUCCUUUUUCACUUAAGCCAGGACAAAUGGGAGAAAAAGGAUUACAAGGACCUUCUGGACUUCAGGGUCUGCAAGGGCCAAAAGGAGAAGCGGUAGGGCUUUGUUUUAUCGUCAUAUUAUGUUUAACACACUUGUUUACCAUGGUCCUGAUCAUGAUUAUUGCUGCAAUAUGUUUUGCCUUUCGUCCGAUAAAAGUCCACUGCGAAUAAGACCUUAAUAUUUUUUAAGUACCGUUUGCAGCGUUCAAAGAAAGUAGUAUCCGAUAGCCUGGGGCUACGGUGGAUUUUGCUAUCGGGUUUGUGAAUUCUGUUCUUAGCUUACCCAACGGUUUCUUAGGGCCUUCAAAUUACAGACGAACUUCAAUCAACACUCAUCACUGCUCAUCACCAAUGUUUUUCGGGCUAGUUGGAUGACUUUUGGGCUAGUACGUGUUAGCUACAGCUUGCCUGAAUAGGAAGCUGUAGAAAUGACUUUCUUUGCAUCGUGGUUUUGAGUAGUGCCCUCCUGUAAGCUUGAUUGUUCCAGUCAUUUGUUCUCAGGGUGAUCUCCUUGUGCUGUACGUUAGCUUUUCCACCAUCUGGAUAAAAUCAGUGGAUUCAGAGGUGUUCUCACCUCAGAACACCCAUUUAGACACUUUCCUUUUAUUUCUUUUAGGGACUUCCAGGACCCUCAGGAAAUCCAGGACCGCCUGGCUUGCCAGGGGGCUGUGCAAAAGCAUCACGAUUGGGAACAAGUACUUCGGCCCCUACAGUACAUUGCUUACCUGGUAAAGAGGGUCCUAAAGGACCCAAAGGGGACAUAGGGGAGCCUGGUGCACCUGGUCCCGCAGGACCCCGGGGAUUUAAAGGCUCAAGAGGGAUCAAAGGAGAUACUGGCUCUCGUGGAAGGAAAGGGGACCAAGGACCUCCCGGUGAUUUUACCGGUCUAGAAUGUUAUCCCCGAUACACAGACUGGGUAAACAAGGUUGAUUGGUUCAGGGACCAUCCUGAGAUUCACUGUGAUAGAAGAGAAUUCCUCCAAGGAUUUAGCCUCCAAAAAAUUAAAGCUCGAGCCGGCCAGGGGAGAUACAAAUACACUUGCUGUUCAUUAAGACUAGCUAAUACGCCUUGA